AUGUCGCUUUGGAGCUCUUACCGCGGUCUCUCGCCCAAGACGCGCGCUGGCGUCGGUGUUGGCAUACUUCUUUGGGGCACCAUCGGGCUGUACUUUUCUGAUGCCGCGGGCGAACGCAUAGGCAUCAAGCCGACAGAAGCUGACAAGGACAAUCUUGCCCGGAUGACACCGCGGAUCCAUGUGGUUGACCGGGAUGACACAAAGCGGUAG